AUGACAGGGGCGGGCGAACUUCUCCUUCUUCUUCUUCGUCUUCUUCUCGUCGCAGUAGUCUCAGUGGCCAUCUUCGUCUAUCUCCGUCGCAUCAGAUGGGCGAGGAGCCCGAGGAAGUUCAGCAACCUACCUCCGGGUCGCCGAGGGUGUCCUUUUAUCGGAGAGUCCCUGGGCUAUCUGAAGCCCCACCCCGCCAUCUCCAUGGGAGAAUUCAUGGAGGAUCACAUAUCUAGGUACUUUCCUCCUACCCAAGUGGCUCUCUGGCGGCCCGCCCUCUGAUUUAACGCUGGAACUGUUGCAGGUUCGGGAAGAUCUAUCGAUCCAACCUGUUCGGAGAGCCGACAAUAGUGUCUGCCGACGCUGGGCUGAAUCGCUUCAUCCUUCAGAACGAGGGGCGGCUCUUCGAGUGCAGCUACCCCAGGAGCAUAGGGGAGAUACUAGGGAAGUGGUCCAUGCUGGUGCUGGUAGGCGACAUGCACAAGAACAUGAGGGCCAUAUCCUUGAACUUCAUGUGCAGCGCCAGGCUACAGACCCAGCUCCUGCGUGAGGUCGAGCACCACGCCGUCUUCAUCUUGAGGUCUUGGCGUGAAGGUUCUACAUUCAUGGCUCAAGACGAAGCUAAGAAGGUACUCUGCCGGCCGAUUACUGCGUUCCAUUAGUCGCGUUUAAGAGAGAGAUUCCACUGACGACUAGGUGUGGGGGUUGCCCAGUUCACAUUCAAUCUGAUGGCCAAGCAUAUCAUGAGCAUGGAGCCCGGGGAGCCGGAGACGGAGAGCUUGAAGAGAGAGUACAUCACCUUCAUGAAGGGCGUGGUGUCUGCUCCUCUGAAUUUCCCCGGCACUGCAUAUUGGAAGGCCAAGAAAGUAGGAAACCACCCUCGCCCGUUUAUCGCACGAUCUUCUUCCUUUUCUCGUGUUCCUCUCCAAAUGUACCGAACAGUAGAUACCGUCUCAACGAACUUUCAGUAAUGAUCGUAACUCGCGAGUUUCAGUCGAGGUCAACCAUCCUCAAGGUUAUCGAGAGGAAGAUCGAGGAGCGGCUACGGAGGAAGGCCGACGGCCGCGAUGGUUCAGAAGAGGACGACCUCCUGAGUUCGGUCUUGAAACAGGCCAAUCUCUCCAAGGAACAGAUCCUUGAUUUGAUCCUGAGCCUGCUGUUCGCAGGACACGAGACCUCGUCGGUGUCCAUUGCUCUAGCCAUCUACUUCCUCGAAGCUUGCCCCGAGGCGGUGGAAGAAUUGAAGGUACGAUCAAGACGGCCCCGUAAAUCUCGUAAGACCACGUUGAUUCUCACGGCGACCCAGGUUCCGUGAACGAUAUUUCAGGCUGAGCACGGGCGAAUCGUUCAAAACAAGGCGCGGAGGGGAGACGACUCCCUCCUGAAUUGGGAGGACUACAAGCAGAUGCACUUCACCCAAUGUGUUAGUCUACCGUCCCAGAUGAUCAGAAGUAAAAAGUAUUUACUGUUCUUCAUCCGGUUCCGCUGACUCUGCUGCGUUCGUUUGGUCGUGAAGGUCAUUAACGAGACUCUCCGCCUCGGCAACGUCGUCCGGUUCGUCCACCGGAAGGCCCUUCACGACGUCCAGUACAAUGGUAUGGGCCGGUCUCUUAGUUUUGUCUCCACCAUCCGAUCGUAUCGCCGGAAAGGCGCUGCCGGCCGACUCACCUUCCCCCAUAUUUUGUCUCCCUCUCGAAGGAUACGAUAUUCCGGCCGGAUGGAAGGUCCUGCCGGUGUUCGCUGCCGUCCACCUCGACCCUUCCUUAUACGGCGACCCUCAGCAGUUCAAUCCGUGGAGGUGGCAGGUUAGUAUCAUCUUUCAAAUCAUUCUCAUGCGGAUGAGAGCGAUAGUUCCAGGUCUCACAAUUCUGAUAAAGACGGCCCCCCCUACGAUCCAUCCGAGAAUUCACGAUCCACAGGUUUACUCGAUUUCUCGUCACCAAAUCUUAACUUAGUCAGCCAUUUAUCAUAAUGUCAGAGCUUCAAACUCCGUACUCGUAUUUAAAACACUAGAACUACGGAUUGCGCAAUCAAUGUGCUCGGAACAGCGUGGCUGGUCGUUUCUUUUCACCUCUACUCGCCCCAGCGUCAUGGAGGCGAAUGGUAGGCAGGCGGUGUGGGGAGCUCGAGUUGAUUGGAUUUCUAUCCACCUUCACGAUAUGCUUUGCGCCGCUAGUUUUGAUCCGAAAACGACCUGUCGAGUGAUGGGUCCUCCUCGCUGUUAUAUUAUUAUGCUUUUUGUGUUCUUCUUCAUCCCUCCUUCCGGGGAUUCCAUCGGGCGGCUCCAGGGUUCAUGCUGAGAGCGUUGAUUCAGAUCGUUGGAAGCGUAUGUCUUCCGAGCCAGCCUCGUCUGGCCUUCAGAUGUGUCCGCAUCAGGGUGUUGGCCGGAUCCAGAAACCAGCGGAGCAGAAUCUCCGGGGAUUGUUGGGUCCGGACGUAGCAGGACGGCGCUGUCUUGUGGGGGACAGAUUUCGUGAUCUCCGUCCCAAAUAAUUCGGGACGUUGCAUGGGCUUAAAUGCUUAGAGUUCUACCCCGAUCUCGGUCAGAUCGCUUGCUUAUUACUGUUCCCCCUUGAUUUGGUAGCAGCGGCGGAACUGCGGCGGCGCUUCGGUGGCGACGGCGGCGGCGGGGGCCAAUUUCAUGCCGUUCGGGGGAGGCCCGCGGCUCUGCGCGGGGUCUGAGCUGGCGAAGAUGGAGAUGGCCGUCUUCCUGCACCAUCUGCUGCUGAGUUACCGGUGGGAACUGGCGGAGCCCGAUCAACCCCUCGUCUUCCCCUUCGUUGACUUCCCCAAGGGGCUGCCCAUCAGGGUCCACCGGACCACGUGA